CCUCGCUGCGUCUGCUGAGCCGCAGGCGCAGGCCCAGCCGAGCCGGCCGCCUAGCUGGUGCGAGUGCGGGCGCAGCGGCCAUCACCGCGCGGCCGCGCAGUGGACGCCGUACGCACCGGCCUGCGGCGCCCUACAAGCGGGGCAGACAACAGAACCUGAGGCCAUGUCCCAUGAAAAGAGUUUCUUGGUGUCUGGGGACAACUAUCCUCCCCCCAAUCCUGGAUAUCCUGGCGGGCCUCAGCCACCCAUGCCUUCCUAUGCACAGCCUCCCUACCCAGGGACCCCCUAUCCACAGCCCCCUUUCCAACCUUCCCCCUACGGUCAGCCAGCGUACCCCCAUGGCCCCAGCUCUUUCCCCCAAGGGGGCUACCCUCAAGGCCCCUACUCCCAAGGGGGCUACCCUCAGGGCCCCUACCCCCAAGGGGGCUACCCUCAGGGUCCCUAUCCCCCAGAGGGCUACCCACAGGGGCCAUACCCUCAGAGCCCUUUCCCCCCCAACCCCUAUGGACAACCACAGGUCUUCCAGGCUCAGGACCCUGAUUCACCUCAGCGGGGGAACUACCAGGAGGAGGGGCCCCCGUCCUACUAUGACAACCAAGACUUUCCUGCCACCAACUGGGAUGACAAGAGCAUCCGACAGGCCUUCAUCCGGAAGGUGUUCCUGGUGCUGACUCUGCAGCUGUCAGUGACCCUAUCCACGGUGUCUGUGUUCACUUUUGUUGGGGAGGUGAAGGGCUUUGUCCGGAAGAACGUCUGGACCUACUAUGUCUCCUAUGCCAUCUUCUUUAUCUCCCUCAUCGUCCUCAGCUGUUGUGGGGACUUCCGGCGGAAGCACCCCUGGAACCUCGUUGCACUGUCGAUCCUGACCAUCAGCUUGUCCUACAUGGUGGGCAUGAUCGCUAGCUUCUACAACACUGAGGCAGUCAUCAUGGCCGUGGGCAUCACGACAGCGGUCUGCUUUACAGUCGUCAUCUUCUCCAUGCAGACCCGCUACGACUUCACCUCGUGCAUGGGCGUGCUCCUGGUGAGCAUGGUGGUGCUCUUCAUCUUCGCCAUUCUCUGCAUCUUCAUCCGGAACCGAAUCCUGGAGAUCGUGUAUGCCUCCCUGGGUGCCCUGCUGUUCACCUGUUUCCUGGCAGUGGACACCCAGCUACUGCUGGGGAAUAAGCAGCUGUCCCUGAGCCCGGAGGAGUAUGUGUUUGCUGCACUGAACCUGUAUACAGACAUCAUCAACAUCUUCCUGUACAUCCUUACCAUCAUUGGCCGUGCCAAGGAAUAGCCCAACCCCUCAGCUUACUGUGCCCCAUCAGAUGGCAUGGCUGGCCUGGACCCUGCCCCUGGCAUGGCAGUGUCAUCUGUAUCUCCCCUUUCUCUUGUCCUGGGCACGGCCAGGGACAAAGGAAACCCCUCUCUGACCCUCCUGUAUGUACACUGCAGAUACUUCCAUUUGGACCCACUGUGGCCACAGCAUGGCCCCUUUGUCCCCCCGCCCCACCAAAGGGCAACAAGGCCACGUUUCUGGGCCACCUCCUAUCCACUCAUUGUUGCAUGACCCCUGUCUGCCAGCUCACCCCAGGGUCUAGGGGUAACAUCAGGUCCCAGGGGAGAGGGAUUGAUUGAGCCAAGAGGUGAGGGUGCACGUCUUCCCUCCUGUCCCAGCUCCCCAGCCUGGCAAAGAGUACCCUUCUCCUCCCCCCCCAGCACCUGGAGUACUGCCCUCUGGGGGACGUGCAGGUGAAGGUCUCAUCCCUGUGCUGAGCCCCGAGGGCAGAAAGGACAGCAUGUUUCAGGGAGGAAUAAGCCUUCCUCUCACUCUGCUGUCAUUAAAAUUCUAAUAAAUGGGAUCUUCUGUUCUCUGC